ACAUAAAGCAAGCACACUCAAGCAAAACAUGCAGCUCCCUCAGGAGAACCCAGAGAUGAGAAACGCUGCAGAUGAGCUCAGAAACCACUGCUGAAGCACUGCAGAACACACAGGGUACCAGCACAGCACCAGGACCUGUGGGCUCAGGACCAGACACUUGGCACCAGCAGGAGGGUGACAUCCGUGAAGGAGAGCAGCAAAGGCAAAGGUGUCUUUUCCAUGGAAAGCAAACAGCUCUGAAAGCUCAGCAGUGUCAGUCGACGGGCUAGGCAGCGCUCAGGAAAAUCCCAUUCCCACCCACCUGAAGAGGUCUCCAAACCUGCUUCUCAGGUGACUACAGGACACGUACAGAUCGUAGAGGAUUUUGAGGAUGUCUUUGGUGAUCCUCUUCAGCUGAUGCCUUGCUUCAUCACGCUCCUUACCAACUCCAUAGAGGAGAAUCAUGCGCUGGUUGCACUCGUGACUUGAAGAUUCAUCCUAAAAAGACCAUAUACAAGAAUAGGAAGAAAAGAAAAAGUGCAAAUGAAAGCCUCAACCAACUUCAGCUAUUCUAGCAACUGCACCAGUGAGAACAAAAUCAGACAAGUCAUUUUUCCUUUGCUUUAUACAAUUCUGUUCCUGGUUGGCAUCACCAUGAAUGGCCUGGCAAUGUGGGUCUUCUUUAAAAUAUCCAGUAAAUCCAACUUCAUCAUCUUCCUCAAGAACACUGUAAUUUCUGACUUCUUCAUGAUCUUGACAUUUCCAUUUAAAAUCCUGAGCGAUGCAAAGUUGGUAUCAUGGGUGCUGAGAGGAUUUGUGUGCCAGGUCACCCAGGUUGUGUUUUACUUCACCAUGUACAUCAGCAUCCUGUUUCUUGGUCUCAUCACUAUGGAUCGCUAUCAGAAAGCCACCUCCCCGUUCAGAACAUCAACACCCAGGAGCCUUUUGGGUGCCAAGAUCCUGUCCACAGCAAUCUGGAUAUUGAUGUUUGCUCUUUCUCUACCCAACAUGAUUCUAACAAACAAGAAGCAAACGCCUAAGAAUGUAAAGAAGUGUGCUCUCCUGAAAUCUGAGUUUGGCUUAGUCUGGCAUGAGAUUGUUAACUACAUCUGCCAGCUCAUCUUCUGGGUUAAUUUAGCAGUCAUAGUUGUGUGCUACAUCCUCAUCACCAAAGAGCUGUACAAAUCCUAUAAAAAGACAAGAACCCCAGGAAAGGCAUCCAAAAAGGCUGUAAAUCUGAAGGUGUUCAUCAUCAUUGCAGUGUUCUUUGUUUGUUUCGUGCCAUUCCACUUUACUAGAAUCCCCUACACCCUGAGCCAAACCAGAGAUGUUUUUGAAUGCUCUGCUCAGAACACUCUGUUUAUCCUGAAAGAGGGCACCCUGUGGCUGACAUCACUGAAUGCUUGCCUAGAUCCCUUCAUAUACUUUUUCCUGUGUAAAUCAUUUAGGAAGUCCUUGCUGGACACGCUGUGCAGGCACACAGCAGCAUCAGAACUGGGAGCACAGGUAAAGGAGCAGAACGAAGGAGAUGACACAGAUGAGACACAGCUCUAGAGCUAAGAACUGCCCAAACCCCUGCUCACAAAUACUGGUGAGUGGAAGAGGCACAAAUCCUGCCAAAGAGUACCUAGAAUUCCACCAGAUCCUUUACAGAUAGGUCUGCACCCUCUAAUGAGCAUCACUGGGUGCGACCCUGGCGAAACCAGAAAGCUUGAAUUAAACAAAACAGCACCAAAUCACAACCCUGAAUUCCCAAGAGCACAAAAGAAUUCCCAAGAAGGAUUUUGAACUUAGGAGUUGGAGCUGUAAGGAAAAAAAUUAAAAUGGAGUCAUGAAAUGCUACAGAUGAGAUUAUGAACUGCAAACAUUUUGCAGAAAUAGCUUAACCUGGGCCAGAGUAAAGUCCAUGACACCACAAGAUCUGAGAAACACAGAUAAAAUCCACAGUAACAAGAGUUUUAAAUACAGGGACUUGUCACCUUGUAUGCAACAGCUAGACAAACAGAAACGUAGGACCUAUGUAGACCUAUGUAGAUCAGCUUUUUAAAAAAAAAUUUUUAAUAUUUUUAUCUGUGCAGAUUUUUGGUACCAGUAACAUUUUGCUUAUCCAUUAAUAUGCUUGCAAUUCUUAAUCCAUUAACCAAUAAUUAAUGGCUCCAUGUCACAGGACAUCAUUUCAUAAUCAAGCUUGUCUUGAUGAAAGUUAUAUCUUCAGAUACGUCACCUUACUAUAUGAGUGAAGAAAUAUGUACACUUUUAUAGAGAACAAUAUAUUAUAUUAGAAAAUAUACAAAGACUCCAUUUACUGAAUACUGAGGGAAAGAAAGACAUAUGGUAAAAUCCUUACUGAUUAUUAACAGCAUCUUUUUUGCACUAUACAAAAAAAUUAUCCACUUUCCUUUUUUUUUUUUUUCAUUUCAAAAAGCUAUGAAAAACCAGACCAGGUAAGUAUUUUCAGGAACAUAACAUUUUCAGGUACUGUAACAACCACAGGUGAAAAAGAUCCUCAGCUAUUGUAAUAAAUUGUGGUUCAUUUAUCACCACUGCAAAACAGGUCCAAUUGAUAAACGUGUUUCACCACUGGGCAAGGGCUCAGACUGCCUGCCCAGCCCCAGCCCCAUCCUCAUCCCCAUCCCCACCCCCAUGCCCAUCCUCCCCAGCCCCAUCCCUGCUCUGUGCCAGGCAGCAGCAGCUUUGGGGCACUGCACUGGACUAUCUCAGCUGUAUAGAGUCCUUGCUGAAGGCACAGAAGUGGGGUCAGGCAGCUAGGGACACGUCACACUGAUGGCAAUGGCUCUGUGCUCUGUGCCAGCCAUCUGGCAGAGACAUCAGCACACACACCUUUAUUAAGCAAAAUACAGAUAUUAAGACACAAACUUACUGUCCACACAGCUGCAGCAUAAGAACCUGAAAAAGCAACCCACACCUGCCCACAGAAGGGUGGCUUGGUCAGCCACUGCCCCCCUGGCAGCCAGCAAGGAGCCAGCACCAGAAGUCACAGCAGUAGAUGAGAAAAUACAAGAAAAUCCCGUGACUCAGCUGAACUUACACAAAGCACUUUUUUUACAGAUAAAUGUGCCAGAUUCCAAUAUUGCACAUAACAGACACACACCAAAGACAAAGCAGAAUUAGAAAAGGUUUAACCAGCACCCUCCAUCACCCCGCUACAUGGACACAAGCCCAAACAGAACCCAGCUCUGGAGAUAGCAGUCCAGCUGGGGCCACGGGUCAGCACCAGCAGGCUGCAGCUCCUGAGUCUGUCAGGAUUUGAUAACCCACUGUAAGGGUGGCUCUGAGCAGACCUCCUGGUCAGCCCUCUGACAAGGACCAGAGCUGCCCAGAGCAGGGCAAUUCUCACACAUAACCAAGAACUCAGAGCUACGUUUGAGGAUUAUCCUGGACACUGCUCAGGAAGCUUUCUGUGUUGGUCCAUCCCACAUCUCUGAAGCCAAACUGCAACAGCACAAUGCAGGAGCCAUGGAGUCUGCCCCACAAUAACAAAAAGCAAUAAAACGUGCCUGUCUUGAUGGAUAGGGCUAUGUUCUUCUUUGUUAGUACAGGAGAAGGUGGUGUACUCUCAGACAGAGAGCAAAAGGGAGAGAAAAGCUACAGCAAACGUGAUUAACUAACACAGACAAUGUGUGAAAAUGAGGAAGGAAACAACACACCAGACCAACAGAAAAAGUCUCAUCUUUCUACACAUUUCCCCAUUCCUGAUACUUUGCUCAAGGCUUCUGCCAGCAGAGGAAGAGCAGAUGAAGUGGAGAUGACCCAGGACCCCUCUCUGAGAGUGCUGGUGCCAGGUUUGCUCAGCCCUUCCCAACUAAUGGGAGACUUUGCAAACGAGAGCAGUGUCAGGAACUCCAGUGGAGCUCCCUCCUCCCCGCUGUGCCCCCGAGACACCACAGUCACCCACCUGGUCUUCCCAGUACUGUACACCCUCGUCUUCCUCCUGGGACUCGUACUCAACAGCCUGGCUUUCUGGGCUUUCUUCCACAUCCCCAGCACAUCAACUUUCAUUGUCUACCUGAAAAAUAUCUUGGUUUCUGACUUUGUGAUGACCCUGAUGCUUCCUCUGAAAAUCCUGACGGACUCUGGCCUGGGGCCGUGGCAGCUCAAAGCCUUUGUCUGUCGCUUCUCGGCCGUGGUAUUUUAUGACACUAUGUAUAUCAGCAUAGUGCUACUUGGGCUCAUUGCUUUUGACAGAUUUCUCAAGAUUGUGAGACCUUUUGGGAAGUUCUGGGUGCAAAACCUGACCUCAGCAAAGAUCCUUGCGUGCCUGGUCUGGCUCUUCUUCUUUGUUCUCUCUCUGCCGAACAUGAUCUUGUCCAACAAGAAAGCAACACCUCAGUCUGUGAAGAAGUGUGCCUCCUUGAAGAGUUACUUUGGACUCAAAUGGCACGAAGCUGUCAACUAUCUCUGUCAGUUCAUCUUCUGGACUGUUCUCAUCCUCAUGUUUCUGUUUUAUAUAAUUAUUGCCAAAAAGGUGUACGAGUCUUACGUGAAGACACAGAAGAAAGACAACAAAAGUGAGAAAAGGAUCAAGGGGAAAGUAUUCAUCAUUUUUACUGUUUUUUUCUUGUGCUUUGCCCCCUUUCAUUUUAGCAGGGUUCCUUACACUCUGAGUCAGACGAGUGCCCGAAUGGACUGCCGUCUGCAGAACCAGCUCUUUGUUGCCAAAGAAAGCACCCUCUGGCUGGCUGCCACCAACGUCUGCAUGGACCCCCUGAUAUACUUGUUCUUGUGCAAGCCUUUUGUGGAAAAGGUCUUGUGCAGGAGAGUAAAGACAUUUCAGGAAACGGUUCACACAAGCCCAAAAACAGAACUGGACACACGAGAGUCUCCAACUGAAUCCUGAUGCUGCAGCUCCACACCCCAUGGUCUCUGCAUACUCACAGGGAAGUUAAACAAUAGUUUUUUCCUGUCUCAUAGAAAUGAAAGGGUAUUUGUUCUGUAAUAUUAAUAGUUAAUAAAACCUGCAAACUGGGUU